CCGCCGCCACCCACGCCGAGAUCUGCGUCACGCAGCCGCGUGGGAGUGAGAGCAAUGUAGCAAGAGAGGAGCAACCCAACUCGAGCAGUAGGGGAGAAGGGGGAAACCAAUAGUUAGCAGGUCUUAUAUUCUAAACCUCUAUUAGAAACGGGCCAAUUCAUUAUUUGAUUUCUCGCCGUUAGACAAUUGAAGAGCAACAACGGAACUAGUCUAGAGGUUGGAUGAGCGGCGCGAAGAGUUCUGCAGGCAUGGCGGUGGCGUUGCCCAAGACCCUCGGGGAGCUGCAGCUCUACCGGAUCCUCCAGAGGGCCAAUCUGCUGUCGUACUACGAGGCCUUCAUCCAGCAGGGCGGCGACGACGUGCAGCAGCUGUGCGAGGCCGCCGAGGAGGAGUUCCUGGAGAUCAUGGCCCUAGUGGGCAUGGCCAGCAAGCCGCUCCACGUCAGGAGGCUCCAGAAGGCCCUGCGGGACUGGGUCACCAACCCUGCCCUGUUCCACCAGCCGCUGGCCUCACUUCCCGUCUGCAGCAUCCCCAUCUACAAGCUGGAGGCUAACGGUAAUGCUAAUGCCAGCAUCAAAGUGCCCAAGCUUCUGGCGGCGGCGUGCGCGGGGGACUCCCGGAGGGACGAAGCGUCCGGGUCGGGGGCGGGGUGCGAGGGGGGUGGGGGUUCGGCCUCGGGUUCCCCGCUGCAGAGUGGCAGUGAGCCCCGCUUUUGGACCACCUUGUCCUCGCACAGCGCGGGAGGGGGGCCGGAGAGUGAACGGAGUCUGUCUCCCGCCGAGACCACCCUGGGCACGGGCUCUCCCUCACCCUCGUCGCCCCGCGGCGAGGAGGUGUUAGACGCCGCGGCACUGAAAUCCGUGGCGGAGUGCGUGGACCGACUGGCCCAGGGGCUGCCCCGGAGCGACCCGGCCGACGUCAAGGAGGGUCUGAGGGGCAACAAGAAGCUGGCCAAGAUGAUCUGCCACAUUCUGGACAUGGACGAGGAAGACCCGCGGAGGGCAGAGGAGAUACGCAAGUACAGCGCCAUCUACGGACGCUUCGACUCCAAGAGGAAGGACGGCAAGCACCUCACUUUGCACGAGUUGACAGUGAACGAGGCAGCAGCCCAGCUGUGUAUGAAGGAGGUGUCCCUGCUUACCAGAAGAGAUGAGCUGUUUGGUCUGGCUAGACAGGUCUCCCGAGAGGUCACCUACAAGUACACCUACAGGACCAGCAAGUCUCGAUGCGGUGAUGAACCUUCUCCCAAGAGGGUCAAAACAGAGGAGGGCUUCUUCGACCUCCAGGAGGCGCUGCAGGCCAUCCACAUGAGACAGGAGACCCUGAGGGAACAGCUGGCCACAGCCAAGUCUAAAGGAGAGGAGACCACAGGACGCAGCAUUCAGCUUCAGCUGGAGCGUCUGCUGGCCAGGCAGAUGGAGAUCCUCCACGAGGCCCAGGCCCAGGACAGACUCCAGACCCUGGAGUGGAAGGUCCCUCUGGGGGGCUUCAGUACCAGACACAGCACAGACCCAGAGCAACGGCAGCAAGCCAAUGGAGGCUCCGCCGACAACACCGGUCUACAACCAGGGGAGAGACCACUGAACCUGCGGGUGGCGGGUCUCAGGUCGGAUGGAGACACCCCCCUGGGGAAACAGCUAGCCAAUGAGCUAAAGAGGCAUCACAGCAAUGGAGAGGGAAAGACCUCAGCAGCAAGUCACCAUAGCAAUUUCGAAGGCAAAACUCUGUCCACAGAAAACGGCAAUGGGACUGACGUCUCCCGAGGGGCUCUCAACCUUUCCGACAAGAAGACCAUCAAAUCAGAGCCCGAAGACUCAAGAUAGCACUCCUCCUCCUACUCAGUUCUCCUCCCACCUCCCCUCUCCCUUCUCCCUCUCUCAUCAAGUUGUCGUCAGUCUAUACUAAAGAAGCACAGCUGAAGUAGAGCCUUAACAACCAAUGUUGCCUCAAGAGCAGGGAUUUUACUUUUCAUUUCUUUUUGCCAAAGCACCCAAAGAGCCUUUAUUUCUUUCCUGGUAGGAGCUCGGUUUGAUGUGUUUUCACCAUGUUGAAUCCAGCUCUCUCUCCUCCUCUCUUAUUUUUGAAGAUCGACGGUGAGGGCUCUGUGGAUGUACAUAACCCCCACUUGCAAAAGUGUUUGUCGUUGUUGUUAUUUAAAUAUGUGCCGUGUAAAAUAAGGAAACCUGUUUUCGGAGAACUUGGACGUCAGGUAUGUCCAGGUUGGGAAAUUGCGUACCCCAGUCAGAUGUUCCUGUUAUUAUAAUGACAGGUUUCCAUCAGGUAUCUCGAGCGUCUCACAGUAUGACCAGCAGCCCCUGGCGGAAUUCCUGUUAGAAAUGAGUCAACUGGGAUUUGGUUCUGAAAAAAACAUAUUUAACUUGAACUCCGUGGUCCAAUUAGAUCAAAGCACUAAUGUAACAGUUGUAUGUAGAGAUGUCGUGCGUUGACUCCUCCAAGAUUUAAACAAUGUAAUAUAGGCUUUUGACCUUAAGUUGUUGUGUGUUGACUCAUCCAAGAUUUAAAUGAUGAUAGGCUUUUGAUACAGAAUACAGUUCAGAGAGAGCCUAUCAUGUAAUCUAUAUAUUGGACAACAAGUCCAUUUGUGAAACAGUUUUCCGUGAUAAUAUUUAAUGCGUAUAAGGCUAUAGCCAUGAAGAAUAAGCACAAAUAGUUAUCUGGAUGACUAUGUCAUCGAGGGGCCAUUGUUUUUUAAAUGGAAAUUCCACAAUUCUAAUAAUGAAAUCGAUAAAGGUGUAAAUAGUCUGAACCACCAAACUGUAAUAACUUCAUUUUUUUUCAAAGCAGGGUUUAUCAACUUCUGACUUUGAGUAGUACAAAACCGGUUUUGUCAGUAGAGCAAUAACGACUAGCUGUUGUUAAGAAACCCAGUGCAAUUGUCUAGUUGUCCGUGCUGUGGGGAUCUUUGUUCACUGUACAAUAGUUCCGUUUCCUGUCCACCAGUGUUAGACGUAGUUUGAUUCUAAAAUGCCUUGUCGGGAUUUUAGAAUUUCUAUCCGAAAUAUUUGGAGCAUUUUUCGUAUUCUCCCGUGAUAGACUAUAACGUGCUGUAAUUGUUUGUUGAGAAACACAGGAGAAUCGUGUUACGUGACAUGCAUCUCUGUGGACCUAGGGGGUCCUCUCUUAAAGUCACUUCAGAGAAGGCGGUUUUAAGCCUGCUUCAUUUUAUGUCAUUUGUCAGGUUUUCCCCAUCAUUUGCAUCUGUUAGUCACCUACCGGUAAAGCUGUCUAAUUGUGUUGGUGUUUAUAAUGAUUACCUCUUCUUUCAGCUGAUAGAUUAUGUUCUGCAUUCUCAUGUAAUGAUUAUAAGGAAAGAUCAAAAAUCACAAAAAUAUGAAUAAAUGAUUUCCCACUAUCCCAUUUUGAUCCGGAGAGGCUAGCCAGAGCAUUCAGACAUGGACACAGUAACUUGGAUAUGCUUGAGUAGAAAAUCAUGUGCAUUUUUAUAUUAAAGUAAACUAAUCAACAUUUGAGGAUAAAACAUGGAUUUUAUAUAAUUCAUUGGACACUUUUUUGUAUGAAAUUCUUCAUUUCAU